CUGGCAUCCUCAACCGAUCUCAGCUCCCAGAAUGCUUUGGGGAAAGCCAUGACAGUUCAACAGUUGCUGUAACCAAGGCUGACACUCUCUCGGCUUGGCAGGGAGAGAAGCCGCGGGAGGAGGAUGAACCAGGCCCAGAGUCUGCUGAUCGAAGGCCUGACCAGCACCAAGCAUGUGGCCAACGCCGCCCUCAUCAAAAUAGCCGACCGGAGCGUGAUGGCGACAACGCCGGGCUUUAACAUCCAAAGCCAGGCCCCCGUUUUCGUCCAGGCGUUCCAGAAAAACUUGCUCCAGAUCCGAAGAGACGGCCUCUACUUCAAGGACCGGUACUACAAGGGCAUCCGAGUGGACGAACACUCGAUCUACCUGAAAGGGAAAGACAACGGUCUGGUGUUGGCCAAGACCAAGUCCUUCAUCUUGCUUGGGACCUACUCCCAUGGCAUGUACCCCAGCGUCUGCGUGGAAGCGGUGGAGAAACUGGCGGACUACUUCCGAGAAAAGGGGAACUGAGGGCCGCCAAGAUGGCACCAUUUUGUCCCAAAUCGUGAUGAGAAGCAGAGGGUCUUCCAACCUGUUCUCCUGGAGGUGGAACAAACUCCGGAUCCGUUUCUAGCAUUGCUUUUCGGUGGCAGAAAUAAACAAACAAAACAAAACUCCACAAUUUCAGCAAUCCGGUAUGUUGCCGUGAAAUAGCUACCAGCGUGUGACAGUUUAGUUGCAGUUCGUUUUGGGACAGGCUUGUCUAAAAUUUGAUUGACGCUGUCACAUUUGGGAUGAGAAAAACUGAACUUAGGAGAAAGCCCCAGAGGCUUGCGUGUCAUUUCAAGGCUCUGAGUUUUAAAGAAGUCGGUCAAGAUCAGUCCCCAGAACAGAUUCAACACCUUGGAUCGCUCUUUAAAACAUUGCCUUUUGAAAUAUAUAAAUA